AUGAGCGCCAAGGGGGGAGACGCGGUCGAUGAAGGGUCAUCGCUCCGGCUUCGUCGCGCAGGGUCGACAGCAACGGAGGAGCAAGGCGCGCAGGUUGACCGGGGGGCUCCUCUUUGGCAUGGUGCAACAAACGAUAUUGACGCGGACGCCGAUGCCCAAGCCCAAGCCGAGGCUGGCGCGGCAGGCUCAUCUGGCGAGUCCGAGUUUCCACGAUUUGCCGGCGAUCUGCCUUGGAGUGAGAGGUCAUGGUGGUAUGAGCUGCGGCCAUUCAGGGGCAUGUACUACGACAUCAGGAGGCGCCUGCCGUUUGUGAAGACGGAUUGGACCUCAGCGCUCGAUCCAAGAAACUGGUGGACGAUUGUACAGUACAUUCCCAGGAUGUAUUUCAUCAAUCUCAUGCCGGCCAUCUCGUACAUCAUCGACAUGAACCACCGCACACACGGCGCAUAUGGCCUCAACGAGGUCAUCCUGGCUUCUGCGCUGGUCGCUAUCGUUUUCCCCAUCUUUUCCGUCCAGCCACUCACUUUCGUCGGCGUCACGGGUCUCAUCAACCUGGUCAACUAUACCCAGUACGACAUCGUCGUCGGCUACUAUGGCCUGAGCCAGAUCGACUACCUCCGCGUCCAAGCCUGGUCGCUCAUCUGGGCCGCCGCAUUCCACUUUGUCGUCGCCAUCUUCAAUGUAUGCGACUUCACACGCUUCAUCACCGACAUGACCAGCCAGACAUUUGGCUUCUAUGUCGGUAUCGUCUACAUCCAAAAGGGCAUCGAGCUCCUCAUUCUCGAAUUUGAGCCUCUGCCGCUGGACAAUGCCACAGGAUGGCUCAGCGUCACCAUCGCCAUCCUCUUUACCGUCUCUGUCUACCUCGUGUCAGCCAUCGGAAACACGACUUACCUGCCGUUUCGUAUCCGCUACUUCAUCUCGUCGUUUGCCUUUGCUGCUGGUUGCAUUUUUUGGACCGGCUUCAGUCAUUUUCCCGAGAACAGCUUGCGCAAGGUGCCGAUUGAGCGGCUGCCCAUCACAAAGUCGUUCUUCCCCACGAUGGACCGACCUUGGUUCGUCGAUUUCUGGAACAUUGAGGUCAAGUGGGCUUUCGUGGGCGCCCCGCUCGGCUUUCUCAUCAUGGUCCUCUUCUAUUUUGACCACAACGUCAGCUCCGUCAUGGCCCAGGCGAGGCAAUUUCCCCUGUCAAGGCCUGCUGGCUUCCACUGGGACUUUUUCCUCCUCGGUAUCACGACGCUCGUCAGUGGCUUUCUGGGACUACCUGCACCCAACGGGCUUGUGCCGCAGUGCCCGUGGAGCACCGAGGCGCUGUCCGUCUAUAAGCAAGUAAGGGGAGGAAACAAAGGCGGCGACGACGACGACGGAGACGGCGAGACGGGACACGCCCAGAAGAGCAAGAGCAGAGGCAAGGACAGAGGCCAGCCGCACAUCAUCGUCAUCUCGAGGGUCGUCGAGAAUCGGCCCGCUCACCUCAUUGUCGGCCUGCUCACGCUGGGCACGAUGACGAGGCCGCUCCUCGUCGUUCUGGGCACAAUGCCGCGAGCCAUCUUUGCAGGCAUUUUUCUCCUCGUCGGCUGGUCGAGCAUCGAAGGCAACAUCAUCACACAGCGCACCCUCGCCGUCUUUCGGGAUCGAGCCAUGGCUCCACGCGAUGACCCUCUCUUGCAGUUGUCCCGGGGCAAGAUCGCCCUCUUUGUCGGGAUCCAGUGGAUCUUUUUCGCCCUGACGAUUGCCAUCAGUCAGACGAUUGCUGGAAUUGGGUUUCCCAUCAUCAUUACGCUUCUCAUUCCCUUUCGGUACUUUGUCGUGCCCAAGCUCUUUUCGCCAUCGGAGCUCCGCAUCCUCGACGCGCCCACGGCCGAUGCUGACGUCGUUCUUGCUUCGAUUGGCCAGGAGACGGAGCAUGUCACCGGCCAGGGCCAGACGGUCGCCAGGGACACGGGCAUCGCAGGCACGCUUUGGGAGAGCGAGAGCACGCUCAGUGUCGACAGCGGCAAUGACGAUGAUCAAGCUCAGGCUGGUAUCCAUGGUGCUUCAAAGACAAGGGUUGCAACAAACGCCGACACAGACGUUGCUGCUCCUGCUGCCACUGCCACCACGCCAUCGACCAACGAAAAGGAGACGCCUAACUCCUUGUCCGAGAAAAAGUAA